UCUGGCAUGGCUGUUGGAUUUGUAAAUCUACAUAACAUGUGUAACUAAAAACUGGUAGCUAAGAUGAGUUCUCAGAAAGGUAACGUGUCUCGGUCGCGAGGUCAGAAGCAUCAAAACACCACCGCCUACAAAAACGACAAGUACGGAGCGACAGCACAAGUGAAGAAGGCAAAAUCGAAGAUCCAUGAUGGGCUCUGUCAACACUGUAAGGAUGUACUUGACUGGAAAGUCAAGUACAACAAGUACAAGUCACUAACACAGCCCCGAAAAUGUGUCAAAUGCUCUCAAAAGACUGUGAAGGACGCAUAUCACAUCAUUUGUAAGCCCUGUUCUCUUCAGCUAGAGAUCUGCUGUAAGUGUGGGAAGAAAGAGGACAUCAUUAUUCCGGUAAACUCACAUCUGGACAACAAGGAGCCAGAGGAAGAUGGUAAACAAAAAAAGAGAGGAUGUGGACGAGAGAAGAAGGACAUGGACAGUGAUUAUGAUGAUGAUGAUGAUGAUGACUUUGGUGACCUUGAAGAUGAGGAUGAUGAAGACUUUGACAGUGACUCAGGUCCAAAGAAAACACAGAACAAAUCUGCUGCGCUCCCAGAUGUGUCCCAAGUUAAUCUCGAAGACUAAAAACAGUGAGAGGGUUUUUGUUGUACCAAGGACUUCAUCAUGGACUUUUCUUUUUUUUUUUAACUUCGAUACCAAACAAGUUUUCUAAUCAGUGUACAGUAUGAGGUCUGUGAUGUGACCACACUCAAAUUAACCGAUGCAAAUAAACUAAUGUUGCUGCUU